AUGAAUGUGCCGCCUUACAUUAUUGCCCAACUAGAGAAAGCGAAUGACGUCAUAAGACGACAAUCCGAGGAACUGGAUCGAUUUCGUUCAUGCGAUUUGCAAGUGGAAAAUCUCACUCUGCGCACCCAGCUUAUAGAGAUUGCUCAGCAGUAUCGGAACAGUCGCGACCGAUUUAUAGAGCAAGAGGUCUUGCUGUCCGAUCUGAAUCACGAGGUGAAGUGUCUAGCUCGUGAUAAAGAAACUUUGCAAGAACGAUGUGUCGAAUUAGAGAGGAAGUAUAAAAAAGCAAAGGCGUCGAGCAGAGAAUUUGAGAGGCUCGUUGAACUGGUUGAACCAAGCUCUUCAAAGACGGCAGAAGCAAUCUCAUUACUUGAUCAGUCUCGGAAGAAACACACAUCUUCAUUGAAAAAGUCAGGGGAUACUGUGGAUAAUUCUUUGCGGUUGUGUCUGGAGAGAUCAGAAAUCGAAAUUGAGGAUCUUCGUGUUCAACUGCAAAGGGAGAUUAAUAUAUCGAAGUCGUUACACGAUGAUCUCGAUAAAAGUCGCAAGUUGGUACUCGAGAGAGAUGAACAGAUUAAUGAAUUAGGUUGUAAACUACGAGCCGCUGAACUAAUGUGUCAACAGACCGAGGACCACUUGUCGCGCACCUCAACAGAUUUGGCUCUUGAACGAGCACGAUGUGAUGAGUUGACACUUUCUUUACAGGAGAGCGAAGGAUUACUAACCCAAACUCGAUCCGAUUGUCUUUCUUACGCAUUGGAAAAUCAACGACUUGCUGAGGAGAUAAGACAGGCUAAUCAGCAAAUCGUGUCCUAUAAGGCAAAAUUGGAUGCGCAAGGAGCUGAUUUAAUUGCGACGAAGAAGUCUCUGCGGGCUCUUCAACGGGACAUAGGCACGACGGUGUCAGAUGGUAUUACGGGUACAACUGAUAACAAAUAA